AUGCAGAAUAGGGCCUGGCUGCCCAUCAUCAGCGUCAUCUAUGCCUUUGCUGCAGCAGUCAUUGGGGCUGCCCUGGACGUGGGGGGAGCAGCAAAUCUUUCCACCAUCACCCUCCUCUCAGGCAAGCUGCCCCCUUCCUCUCCAAUCAAUACUCCUGUCAUGCUGUGGGCGACGCCGAACUCGUCUGCGCUGCUUCUGGUGGGCGUGCGCAUCGGCUGCAUCUCUGCAGCAGUCUUCUUGGUUACUUUCUUAUCAAUCAUCAUCUACCCGCAAGUGGCCUCAGAGCAGGCACGCUCCCCUUACUAG